ACAGACAGUCAACAUCAAAGUUCAUUUCGCGACUCUUGCGCUUCUAACAACUCUCAUCCAAACAACAUAGGCCAGACACAACCAGGCAUGCGCCAUCUCCAACAAUUUUUUUUCAAUAUAUAUUUUUAUGUUCGGUCAACCAAUCUUGACCCUACCCAACCAAAUCGACAUCAUUUGACGAACACCAGAAAUGGCCAAUAAUAUACACGCUUAAGGUUCAAACCGGUUCUAACAAACCCUAUCAACCAAUAGCAAACUGGGUGGGCGGACUUUACGAGCAAGUGUGUUCCUGUAACCGAACGCAGUGUCAGGUCAGCGGCGUCACAGGUUCAGUUUGUUUAGAGUCAGCAGAGAAGCGCUAUGGGAGUUAGGUAGUGGAGUGAUUUGCUUCAACACACAUUUUUGUCGAUGACGCGGACUCUAUAUUAUACAGUUACCGAAGACGCGAGGGCGUGAAGCUCCUCCCGGUGUUUGCGGUGUUGCUGCCCCUCCCGGCCGGGAGUGAAGAGGAGGAGGGAGAGGGGAGACAACGGGAGGGGUAGAAGGAGUCCGUGGAUAGAAUGGAAGACAAGAAAGAGGAGGGCGAGUCCGAGAUUCAGGAACACGGGCCUGAGCACUGGUUCAGCAAGUGGGAGCGACAAUGUCUGGCCGAAGCUGAACAGGAAGAUCAACCAGAGGAGGAGGCCGAGCAGAGUCAGCAGAAACUCUGGCAUCUGUUCCAGAACUCGGCCACCGCGGUGGCGCAGCUCUAUAAAGAUCGUGUGUGUCAACAGCAAGGAUUGUCACUUUGGGUCCCUUUUCAGAAUGCUGCAACAGCUGUCACAAAUCUGUACAAAGAGAGUGUUGAUGCACAUCAGAGGAGUUUUGACUUAGGAAUCCAGAUAGGUUAUCAGCGACGUAACAAGGAUGUAUUAGCUUGGGUAAAAAAGCGCCGAAGAACUAUUCGCAGAGAGGAUUUGAUCAGUUUUCUUUGUGGGAAAGUUCCCCCUCCACGGAACUCGCGUGCUCCCCCAAGACUGACUGUUGUAUCCCCUAAUCGAGCUACUCCAACAGAAACUGGUUCAUCUGUAGAGACUGAUUUACAACCUUUCCGAGAAGCAAUAGCUCUCCAUGGUCUCAGCGGUGCAAUGGCUAGUAUAAGCGUCCGCUCGAGUACUCCAGGCUCACCAACUCAUGUAAGUGGCAGUUCCAACACUGGCCGCAGGAGAAAUGGACUUCAUGAUGUGGACUUAAACACUUUCAUAUCCGAAGAAAUGGCACUCCACUUGGACAAUGGUGGCACUAGAAAGCGUACCUCAGCCCAGUGCGGCGAUGUCAUUACAGACUCACCAACCCAUAAACGCAACAGAAUGAUCUAAUGUGCAAAAAAAACAACAAAAUAAAUCCACCAUGCUGCUUUAAAGCCACUUGAUCCUCAACAUACUGUUAAAGAAAGGAACAAUGAAAGCCCCUUCCCUUCUUCACUGUUUAAGAGAAGUGAAUUCAAUAAUGAUUGACAUAAAGGAAGUGCUAGGUAUUACCAUAGAUGCCUCUUGCAGCUGUCAUUUUUCUCCUCCAGUUAAAACAUAGCCGAGGACAUCUGAUAUUUUGUAGUAGCUGACAAACCACAAUGAACAUCUGUCCAUUUAUUGCAAAGUGCCCUUACAUGUUUGCAAAGGGAAAAUAUCAGAUGUGUUUUUAUUCUAUUUCUUUUUUUUUUAUUUUAUUCCCCCUUUGUUUCAGUUGUACCGAGUGUUUUGCUUCAACAGUAUUGCUAUUAUUUUGACACCGCCUGAAACUUGACUGGGCACCAUUCAAAUUUAUGGGCUUACUCACCUUCAAACCUCCCCAAUUUACCAUGCAGCUAGUCCCUUUUGUGUGGGAAACAUUAUAAAUGCUGAACAUUUUUUUUUUUUUUAAAGAAAAUAUUGGUAAUUGUAUGGUUAUGUAUAGAGGUGCUAUGAUGGUCAUUCAGUUAAUUCUAAACAUUGAAUUAGUACAAGGAUCUUUAUUGGAUUCACUUUUGUGUGUUUUAGUGCUCUGAAGUAACAAUAUUAAAAACUUCUCCCCCAAUUAAUCUCUAUAGGCUUCUUAAAUCUUGUCAGUUGAAGCACAUGUAUGCACUUAUUUACAUGCUGAUUGUAUCCUUGUGAGCUAAAUGUAAAAUGUACAAGCCACACUAAAUGCUAAAGUACCCAAAAAAAAGCUUUACUAUAACUCCGUUACAGUUCAUUUUGUUGAGUGGUAGAUAUUUAUUUACCAUUGAGUUUCAUGUAAACCUAUACAUUAUUUUGUAAAUGCUUCACCUCCCCCCCCCAUUUUCUAGGUAGUUUCAAAAUCCAUUGCAUUGCUCUUAUCUCAUUGCCCUAUAGAAAAACAUGGAGUAUUCUGGACUCCUACACUAUAGGCUAAAUGGGGGUUAAUAUGUGGCAUGUCAUACUACAUAUUACAAUGCUUGUUGUGGCUUCAUCUUCUGCCCUAGACUGCAAAUGACUUGUUUUUAAUUGGAUAACUUUUCGCACCUAGUCUUGUGACCAGUUCUAUUAUAUAUUAUAAGACAUGAGCUUGACCCUCCUGCACAGACAUCUGUUUUCAGUAUUUUGCAAAUAAUUCCUGUGGAAACAUCAGUUUUGCAAAAUAAACAUUUAAUGACUCUG